GCUAAUCCAAUGGCUGUUUGCGCCAGGAAGGGCAGGGGUGGGAACGGAACGGAACACCCUGAACCACGUUUCUCCUGGACCCCAACUUGGAAGCCGCUCCUCCUCCUUUAACCCGGGUUAUUUAUGGAAGAGUUGCGCGGCCCAGGUGGUUGCCUUAGUGAUGGAUGGGGAGUCGGAACCAAACCCUGUCGUGGCAGAAGAGGCAGGGGAGCGGGUGGAGCCCAUGGAUGCCACUCCCUCCCCCGAGCGUCCGGCCACGCCCCCCUCCGAGGAGUCUGGGGAGGUAGUUUCCAUGGUAACGGAAGAUGUAGCCACAAAGGAGGAUGGCACAGAGGACAAUGACGACGAUGUGGUUCUUGUCGGAGAGGAGGCUCCCCAGCCUUCUGCCACAACAUUCUCCCAGGACACCCCCAGCAUAGACUGCCUAGAACCGGCUGCUGCCGUGGCAACUGUAGACAUGUCCACAGCGGCAAUGCCUUCCAAGACUCCCAGUUCUCCUGCGUCUUCCAACGCAACCACGGUGGCAGCACCACCGAAGCCUCCAACGGUGGCAGAGCCUAUUGUCAUUGACGACGAGGAGGACUCUGAGCAGAAAGACACUUCCUCCUCACCGGUGCCCCCUGGAGGCUCGUCUGCGUCACAUUCACCAGGUGCACUCAGCAGCACUGAGCCAGAUUCAGAGAUCAAGAUCGCCAGUGUCACCACGCUGGGCUCCAGUAGCCAGAAAGGAAGCGCAGUGAAUUCUCCACCACAUCCAGUGGAUGACCAGGCAGACAUGAACUUGAUGAUAACCUCGGUGACAUCACUGCAGGAGGGUGAAAGCCAGGUGGAGGAAAAUGGUCUGCAGAUCAGCAACGCGUUCAGCCUGAAUCCGGAGACCCCAUCUGGUCGACCAACCGCCUCCUUCAACCCUGGGCGGGGCUCAGGGCCCCUGGGCCAGCUGGUACAGAAUGGAGACACAGGGACACACAACAGAGCAGAUUCAUGGAUAUCUCAGUCGGCUUCAGUCCCCCGCAACCAAAAACAGACAGGGGUGGACUCCCCGUCGCCCGCCACCUCACUGCCCAAACCUCCAGGCCAGUCUUCCUCAUCUACUUCCUCCUCAGGCUCUCAGCCACAACCCAGGACAGUCAAGGUGACCUGUGCAAACUGUAAAAAGCCUCUGAAGAAAGGCCAAACGGCCUACCAGCGUAAAGGCUCCACACACCUGUUCUGCUCGACCACCUGUCUUUCUGCCUUCUCACACAAACCCGCCCCCAAGAAGAGCUGCACCAUGUGCAAAAAGGAUAUCACAAACAUGAAGGGUACCAUCGUGGCGCAGGUUGACUCCAGCGAGUCCUUCCAGGAGUUCUGCAGCACCGGCUGUUUAGGUGCAUAUGAGAACAAGCAAAAUCCUCCCAAAUCAGGCCUCAAAACCAAAUGCACUGUCUGCGGCAAACUCACGGAGAUUCGGCAUGAGGUUAGCUUUAAGACCGUGACCCAUAAGAUCUGCAGCGACACAUGUUUCAACGUUUACCGCAGGGCCAACGGGCUCAUUAUGAACUGCUGUGAGCAAUGUGGUGACUACCUGCCCAGCCGGGCAUCAGCCAACCACUCCCUACUGGUCGAUGGCCAACAGAAACGCUUCUGCUGCCAGAACUGCAUCAAGGAGUACAAGCAGGUCCACAGUAAACUUGCGAGCUGUCUAACUUGCAAAACGCUGAUCAAGACCGGCGAAGUGCUCCACAGCCUCGGAGCAGGCGGCACAAUGGGUUCAUACUGCUCUGUCAACUGUAUGAACAAGGGCAAGUUGGCAUCAACGUCCUUCCUCAACACAGAGCCCACGUGUCACUUCUGUAAGAGGAAUUCAUUACCGCAGUACCAGGCCACGCUGCCAGAGGGAAACAUCCUCAACUUCUGCAGCUCACAGUGUGUUACCAAGUUCCAGAAUGCCACUCUUCAAACAGCCACCAAUGGACAGACGCCUCUCUCUACUACCAACAACACUGUCCAGCUGAAAUGCAACUACUGUCGAGGAGCAUUCAGCUUGAAGCCCGAAAUUUUGGAGUGGGAGGAUAAAGUCUACCAGUUCUGUAGUAAGACGUGCUGUGAGGACUACAAGAAACUCCACUGCAUUGUGACGUUUUGUGAGCACUGCCAAGAGGAGAAGACACUACAUGAGAUGGUCAAGUUUUCAGGGGUCAAGAGACCAUUCUGCAGCGAAGGCUGUAAGCUGUUAUUUAAGCAGGAUUUUAUCAAGCGGCUGGGUCUAAAGUGUGUGAGCUGUAACCACUGCAACCAGCUCUGUAAGAGAGGUGUGACCCGGCAACUCGGCGGCAUGACUCGGGACUUCUGCAGCGAGACAUGUGCCAAGAAGUUCAACGACUGGUACUACAAGGCGGCGAGGUGUGACUGCUGUAAGGUGCAGGGAAAUCUGACAGAAAAUGUGAUGUGGAGAGCAGAGAUGAAGCAUUUUUGUGACCAGGAGUGUCUGUUGAAGUUCUACUGCCAGCAGAACGAACCCAUCAUGGUCACACAGAAAGGACCCGAGAACACUACCCUAGGGCUUGAUGUGCAAGGGACCAAACUUGGACUGGUCAACCAGAGUACUGCGGCAUACACAGGUGGAGGUUUGAUGAGAGAUGUCAAGAACAAGGCCGUGCUCUGCAAGCCGCUCACCCUCACCAAGGCUACUUAUUGCAAGCCACAUAUGCAGAGCAAACUUUUACAGACAGAUGUAGAUGAUGGUGUGAAGAGGGAGUAUAUUCCUGUACCAAUACCUGUACCCGUCUUCAUCCCCAUGCCCAUGAAUAUGUAUUCCCAGUACACUCCCAGUCCAGUCUCUAUGCCUGUACCGGUUCCUGUGCCUGUGUUCCUUCCCACCACCCUGCAGGGGGCAGAACAGAUCAUUCAGACCAUCAGCGAACUGAAAAACAAGGUGCCCUCUGAUCCGGUGGAGGCCGACCUUCUCUCCACGGCUGAGGAGGUCGCCGAGGAGGUCACAGAGGAGGUCACAGAGGAGGAGAAGCCAGAUGUGAAGCUGGUGAAGAAGGAGCACAAAGCAGAGCAGUCCUCCAGCUGCAGCACCUCGAUAGAAGAGGAGCAGGAGGAGGAAGAAGAGGAUAAGUACGAGCCCGACCUGGACCUGGAAACAGACUUCCCUCAAGCCUCAGACCCUGUUCCAGCUCCGGAGAGGAUGGACGAGGACAUGAGCUUUUCUCUACCUCCAGUCCGGUCUGAGGAGAAAGAAGAGUCGGAGGAGUCGGCACCUCGACCUCAGCCCAAGAAACAAGGGAACAAGAGGCAGGCAGUCCAGAAGAGUUCAGAUUCAGCCUCAUCCUCCUCUUCCAAAUCAGCGAGCAAACCCUCAGAAGGACCAUCGCUGCCUCUCAAAGCUCGCUACGGCAUCAAUGCCUGGAAACGAUGGGCACUGUCUCCUUCUGACCAAUCAGAUGACACCAAAGUGAAGGACGACUCCAAACCCGCUCGCCCUGAAAGCAACCUGCUGUCGAUGAGUUCAGAGGAGCUGAAUGUGGCUCUGUCCCGGUUUGUCAAGGAGGUCUGCAGGCCCAGUGGGAAACGUUACUCUCCAGACAGCAUCCUCUACCUCUGUCUGGGCAUCCAGCAGCAUCUUCAUGCCAAAGGCCGGAAGGAUGACUUGUUCAGUGACCCGUGCUACCAGCAGUUUGGAGAGGAGCUCAACGCGGUCUUGAAAGACUGGCAGCCCAGCGUGCUUCCUGAUGGCUCUCUGUGGGGUCGAGUGGAGGAGCAGAGUCUGUGGAGCAGCCGGCAUCUCGGGGAGCAGAGUCCAUCGGCUCUGCUGCGCUCUCUGGUUUACCUGAACACCAAAUACUUUGGCCUGCGCACCGUGGAGCAGCACCUCCGCCUCUCCUUCGUUAAUGUCUACGACCCCGACACCGUCCAUCCUGUUACCAAGGAGACCACCGUCUGCAUCCGUGUGCCUUCCAUUUCUCAGGAUCACCAUGUGCAAACACAGUCAAGAAAGCGAAAGCGUAAAUUGGAAGAAGGCGAUCGGGACAACAGCGGCGGCGACUCAGGAGGCUCUGCUGUUCGCUGCCCGGUUCAGAAGCAUGAGUGUCGCCUCUAUGAGCUCUACAGAUCUAAGUGCCCGCCAUCGUUGCGGGAGCGCCUCGAUAUCUUCUACGUUCAGCCGGAUCCGGCCUGCAGCCCCGACGACCCGCUGUGGUUCAGCUCCACGCCUCUGGAGAGACAGAUCCUGGAGAGCCUCCUCACCAGAAUCCUCCUGGUCAGGGACAUUUACUCAGAGAAACAGCACCUGGAGGAAGAUGAGGAGAAAGGAGACGGGGGCAAAGCAGCUGGAGGGGAGUAGCGACAGUCGCUUGGACUUCUGUUAGUGGAGCCUGAACAAUCUGAAGAGGAGGAUGCGUAGGGUAUCUAAUAGUGUGUGUCCUCUUCGCUCGUCUUAUUGUCUAGUCCUCCUUAACCUCCUCACUGACUUGCUGUUUCCUCCUGGUGAGGAACGUCCACAAACAGAGGAUGAUGAAAGGUGGUGGUGAAGAGCAGCCCAAACGUUUACUUCGGCCUCAAAAAGGAAGCUAGCGGACAAAAACUUUGCUUUGAUAAACCAGACGAAGGAGCACAGGCACAGAUCUGAUCAAUACGAAGACAAGAUAAAGGAAGUGGAGCUGAGAUAGAAGACAGCGUGUUAUCAUAGUUUAAUGAGACAGAAAUUGCUGUUGUGCAUCGAUAACUUUCGAUUCUGAGAUGCAGCGUGUUUAUAGUGCUCAGACAUGCAGCUUAAAAAUAUUUAUACCUCUACCAACACAGAAUCAUGCUUAAAUAAAGUUAUCAGCGACCACAAAGAGGUACCAAGUAACGGGUGAAGGGACUAGAUGUCAAGGAGUUCCUUUCCUCUACUCCUCAGCUUCAUGACCUCUUCGCCACCUCUCUGUGGGUGGAAAUGAUGAUUCGGUGUGUUUGGGGUCAACAGAAUAACUUAAUUUUUGACUGAGUGAAACUAGAACUAUCAGAAGAGUAGGAAGAGGUGCUGCAAAGCUUAUGUGCUGUUCUUAGAAGAAAUUCACAGCUGGUAGAUUGAAAUUCCAUCUUUAAUGCAGUCUGGACUUCAGCUUGUAAAAAAAAAAAAAAAAAACAAAUGUGGCUGAUAGAGAUUUUCUCAGAUCAAAUAUCACUUUCACUUUUCUAGUAAUCAUGUUUGACCACAGUCAUCAGUGAUUCACUUUGAUCAAAUUCUACUUUUUCUGAAAGGUCCCAUAUUGUGUCCCUUUUUUUAGCCAGUUAAUGAACGUCUCUCAUGUCCCCAGAAUGCGGUUUUUCGCUCAAAGUACUGCAAAGACAGUUUGUUUUGUUUAGGUGUUUGUAGCUUUCAGUGCAGCUGAACUACUGCUGUCCACACCACCUUCAACAAGAAAACUGUUUGUGUCCAUGACUGACAGUUUCAGAAUGUUAGUGUAACACCAAGACUUUCUGUCACCUUUAACUCUCAUAUUUACAUCGAAAUAUCACAAAAGUCACGGUACAGCUGUUGCUUUAAACUUGUGCGUUUGGAAAGUUUCAGAUAAAUCACUUGAAAUCUGUAUGCUUGGUGCAGAACCACAGCUUGCAAAUGACUCCAAAAUGACUGCUGGUUUACAUGGGCGGCAUUUCAGUCACUAUUUUAUACUUGUUUUGCUGUCUGACAGCAGAAAAUUAUGUAAAUGAGAACAGCUUUAUUAGAAUUGGCUGUAUUAAAAUGCAGUUUAUGUGACCACAGAGAGCAGAAUAGAAGCUAACAGACGUAAACAAAUUUUAGGCUGCACUGAAGUACAAUAACGAAACAUUCAGAUCAGUUUCAACGCUCUCUUGAAGUUUCCACCAUGUCCCUCAGCUUUACGGUUUCCACAAAGCUCUGACCUGUGAACAUACACUCAAAGCUAAUUGUGACGCUAGCCAUAUUAGCUGCACAGUGUGCUAAUAAUACGGGUCUGACUGUAGCUGUGGUGAAGUUGCAAUCAGCAAUUGAAAUAUUGCACUGGAUCUUCAGUUCUCUUGAUGCUGGGAGCGCACGGAUACUAUCGUGUUUGCUCUUGUAGCCAACAGCAGAACAUCCGGUGUGCUUUGUGACUGAAACAUUUCAGUUAGCAGGUAAACAAACCUGGUUGGCUGAGAAGCAGCUGGAAUCAAUGAAGGGGUGGGGUUAUGCAAAUUUUUGCUUGACAGCUUUUGGUUCCUCAGCUGCAGUGUAAAAGAUCAAUAAAGUUAUUUGCUUAUGUAGACUUAAGGAAUGCCACAAUUAUAUCUUUACACCUCCAAGAAACCUUUAAGGAGUUUUAAAAUUUCAACAAGUAAAUUUUUGUAUUCAACACAUAUUUGGUUGUGUGAAUUAGUGACUCAGAAGCCGAAAAGACUGCUCAAUUUUGGUUUUAAACUGCAGUUGAGCUACAUGUUGCCGCAUUAAAUUUACCCAUGUUGUUGCUGUAAACAGGAAAUGGCACAUGUCAAAUUAUAAACACAAAGCUUUAACUUGUGCACGUUAUUUGACUGUCAGUAGUGUUUACAUGUGCUGCAGCCAAACAGAAUCCUUUCUUCUCUGCUGCUGAGAUUUUUACAGAAAUAGAUAAAUAUGCGACUGACAGACAAAUCUAACUUCCCUCGAUGUUGCGUUUUUCCACUGCACAAAGAUGGGAUUUCUGACUAUCCAGCAUGUCUUGAAAGGGUAGUAUAAGAUCAGCAGCUUCCUCCUCUCUGUUGUACCACAUAUCUCCGUUUACUGGGCUGCUUUCAUUCCCUCCCAUCGUUCUGCUCGCUGCUCUUCCUCCAUCAGUACUGCUCUCAGGCAAAACCGUUGCACCACAGAGGUCUUCAGCUCAGAGUCGGGACAGAAAAAGAGGACUUAAACCAAGUGUUUUGUCAUCGGGCUCACUGUGGUGCAGUGGAAAGGCUACCUACCGACAUGCUGCAUUUCUUUAUAGGACAUUAGGGGAACCUUCAUUCAUGCGAUGUAGCAUUACAUGCAUACUAAGCCCAGAUUGGGUUGCUUUGAUGUGUAAAUAUCUCCGGAACAAGGCGGUUAUUUGAGUCCACACAGAGGGACACUGUGUUGUUUGGCAUAAAAGAAACUCACCCACUGAAACCUUCAGCUUGAAAACUUGCCUCCUGAGAAGCCUUUUUUUUAAAACAACUGAUUAUUUAUUUCUCUUUUUAUUAGUUUGACUGUAUCUUCUUUAUGUUGGGGUGAGAUUUUUAUGGGUUUCCUUCUCACCCGCCACUCAUUGAAAAACCUGCUGCAGACCUGCGCCCUCGCCUCUCUUUUCCGGUAAAAGGUAUCGGUAAAGGAUCCUGCUAAACAUGAAGGACGUGGAAGCUCAGCAAUCUUCUUUUUUUGAAUUCUGCAUUUCUCCUCGUGUUUGUAUUCUUAGAUUCCUUUCCACUUGAUUUAUUUUAAAAGCUGAGCACCUUUUAGUAAUGUCCUGUCUUCAGAGCUGUUGUAGAGCGCUAGCACUGCAAAACAAAAGCUUUUAUUGUGAAAGAUAGAUGGUUGGACUUUUUCUUUUUCACAAACUAAAUGUGUUCUUUUUCUACAUUAGUCUGUGAUCAUUUUUUGUAUUUUCUUUUUAUUUAUGUCAGCCACCCCCCAACCUCUUUUUUUUUUUUAAACUUUUAUUCAUGUUUUGUUUUUGAUUGUGUCAUGAAGUUAAAACCCAUUUUUACAAUGAUCUGAGGACUUGUUUUCUGCUUCCUAAGAACUUGGAGAAUGCUUUGAGACGUUUCCACAACCAGUCCUCAAAAUAUAAGGAAGAUGUUGAGUUUGACACCCCACGAACACAAUCUUAAUGUCUGAAAUUUCUCACUGAUUUAAAAACGUGUUCUCUGUGCACAAUCCACAUGACUGCUCCCCUCUCCUGACUGAAGUGGAAUUAACUGGUGAACAAGGUCAGGGAAUACACUUUCAGAGUUUUAUUUUCUCUAAAGAGCAGGUGUUCCUGUUAUUUUUCUACACCUGAUUGCAUUUAAUGGCCUAGAACUGCAGUGUAACAUUUCAGGAACAGCGCUAGUGGAGUUGGACGGAGAACAUCGGUCAGGAUUUCUGACACCGGAUCAGUGCCAGCCUGAAAUCCAAACCUUUAAACUUGACAGUGGAAGUUGGAGCAGACCCCGGAUCAGAGGAACCCGGUUAACCUGGCUGAUUUUUCCUGCUGGACUCAGAGGCAGCAUCCAAACCUGCCACAGGUUUGGACCUAUAGUAGACGCUGUGGCCGGCUCUAAUGCCUAAUGUGAAUGUGCCUAUCUGUAUAUACUGAAAGUGAGUGAUUGUGAGUCUGAUGCUAUGUGUGGGCUGAUCUGCUGAUACGGUCAUGUUAAAUAAAUGAUUUCAUUUUCUAACCAGA